AUGGCGUAUCGCGCAAUAUCAGGGCAAGACUUAAUUAAUUUCCUUGCCUGUACAUGGAAACAAUCUAGAUUAGAAUAUGUACAUAAGUACACGUACGAUGCAGCCUCCGAUGUUAACAUUGAAAGCAAUGAAGUACACUCAUGUCGUCGUCAAUCUCGCGAUAUAUUGAAUAUUCAUGCCUACCAUGUUCCUAUGGUUACAGAUAACCAUUGCGAGGUUCACCACAAUGUGGCGGUUUUGCAAGCUCUCGAGGCCGGACCAUCAGUUUCUCGAGACACGACGCUCGACGCUUCG